AUGGCUGAAGCCGAGGUCCCCGAGGUCCCCGCCUUCGACGUCCCUUCCCGUCUUUUGGGAAAGGACGGUCGCCCCGCUCCUCACGUCAAUGCUGACAAGUACAAGUCCGACUACCCUCAGUCGAUCGACAACACCGACGAAUUCUUUGGCAAGCUCGGCAAGGAACUGAUCGACUGGGAUGUGCCCUUCAAGACCGUCCGAUCCGGUGGCUUUGAAAACGGCGACGUCGCCUGGUUCAACGAGGGCCGUCUCAACGCCGCCUACAACUGUGUCGACCGAUGGGCUCACAAGUACCCCGACCGCGUCGCCAUCAUCUACGAGGCCGACGAGCCCGGUCAGGCCCAGGAGAUCACCUACUCGCAGCUCCUCGUCCAGGUCUCGCAGGCCGCCAACAUGCUCAAGUCGCUCGGCGUCAGGAAGGGCGACACCGUCAUCGUCUACCUGCCCAUGAUCCCCGAGGCCGUUGUGUCGCUCCUCGCCUGUGCGCGUAUCGGUGCGAUCCACUCGGUCGUCUUCGCUGGUUUCUCCGCCGACUCGCUCCGCGACCGUACCAACGACUGCGGUGCUCGCGUCGUCAUCACCACCGACGAAGGCAAGCGUGGUGGUCGCAACAUCGCCACCAAGAGCAUCGUCGAUGCCGCCCUCAAGGAGUGUGACAAGGUCGAGCACGUCGUGGUGGUCAAGCGUACGGGAGGCCAGGUCAACAUUGACGAGAAGCGCGACAUUUGGUGGCACGAGGCCUGCUCGCGUGAGCGCGCCUACUGCCCUCCCGAGUCGAUGAGCGCCGAGGACCCGCUCUUCAUCCUCUACACUUCCGGCUCUACCGGCAAGCCCAAGGGUGUCGUCCACGCCACUGCGGGCUACCUUUUCGGUACCGCGCUGACUCUGCGACACGUGUUCGAUGUGCACCCGGACAAGGGAGACCGCUUCGCCUGCAUGGCUGACGUUGGUUGGAUCACGGGCCACUCGUACAUCGUCUACGGUCCUUUGAUGAACGGUGUCACUACGCUCGUGUUCGAGUCGACCCCGGUCUACCCCUCGCCUUCGCGCUACUGGGAGAUUGUCGACCAGCACAAGCUCACUCAGUUCUACACGGCCCCGACCUCGAUUCGUCUGCUGCGACGACUGGGUGACGAGCAUGUCAAGAAGCACGACCUGUCGUCGCUGCGCGUCAUCGGAUCCGUCGGUGAGCCCAUCAACCCCGAGGCGUGGCACUGGUACAACGACAAUGUGGGCCGCAAGGAGUGUGCCAUUGUUGACACGUACUGGAUGACCGAGUCCGGAUCGAUCAUGAUCACCCCUCUGCCCGGAGCCACCAAGACCAAGCCCGGAUCGGCCACGUUCCCCUUCUGGGGCAUCAAGCCGGUGCUGCUCGACCCGACGUCGGGCGAGGUGCUGGAGGGCAACAACGUCGAGGGUGUGCUGGCCAUUGCGCAGCCGUGGCCUUCGGUGGCGCGAACCAUCUUUGGCGACCACCAGCGCUUCCUCGACACGUACAUGCGCGCCUAUAAGGGCUACUUCUUCACGGGCGAUGGUGCCGCGCGCGACAAGGACGGCUACAUCUGGAUCAAGGGUCGUGUCGACGACGUGAUCAACGUGUCGGGUCAUCGCCUGUCGACGGCCGAGAUCGAGUCGGCGCUGAUCCAGCACCCCGGUGUCGCCGAGACCGCCGUCGUGGGUAUCCCCGACGAAGUCACCGGCCAGACCAUCGCCGCAUACGUCACGCUCAAGCCCGAGUUCUCGUACGACUCCGAAGAGGCCCUCACCAAGGAACUCGUCAUCCAGGUGCGCAGGAACAUCGGCCCCUUCGCUGCACCCAAGAAGAUCAUCAUCGUCAGCGACCUGCCCAAGACCAGGAGUGGCAAGAUCAUGCGUCGUCUCCUCCGAAAGUGCGCCUCGCACGAUACCGACAACUUGGGCGAUCUCAGCUCGCUCGCCGACCCCAGCGUCAUCGACCACAUCAAGGAGAAGACGAACGCGUUUGACAAGAAGUAG